CGUUUUGGGUGGCUGAGCAGAGAAGUGUACCUGGCUAUCGUGUUAAUCCCGGGCAGGUGGUCUUGGCUGCCAUGUUAAGGCCGGGAAAGUAUUCUUACGGCUGUCACUUUACGUCUGGGCAAGUACUUUUACCUGCCAUGUUGAAAGAGAGAAUGGUCACCUGACUUGCCUGGUCCCGCCUCCUCGUAGUGGGAACAGCGGGUAUCACGUGACCUCUGGGGUUCCCUGUCUUGAGAGGCCACGUGGGUUGUUUCGCGGAUCAGAAUUUUGAAUCCAGUAUGGCUGAGAAGAAAACCAGAGGAGGACAGUUCCUGCUGCUUUUCCUAAUAAUCGCAGUUGCUUUCACACAUUUAGCCAUUUGCCCAUUUACCAAAGUGGAGGAAAGCUUUAACCUGCAGGCCAUUCAUGACAUUGUGUACCAUAAAUUGGACCUCGAAAAGUAUGAUCAUCAUGAAUUUCCUGGAGUUGUACCAAGAACAUUCCUUGGUCCAAUAUUUAUUGCUCUGCUUUCCAGCCCAGCCAUCUGUGUGCUGUCUCUGUUGCAGAUGUCUAAGUUCUACACCCAGGUGAUAGCUCGCGGAAGCUUGGGGCUGUGUGUGAUUUAUGCCUUGUGGCGGUUGCACAAAGAAGUCAGGAAGCAGUUUGGUUCAACUGUGUCUAUGGUUUUCUGUCUGAUCACUGCAACUCAGUUUCACCUGAUGUUUUACUGUACUCGGACCCUCCCUAACAUGUUUGCCCUUCCUGUAGUUCUGCUGGCAGCUACAUCAUGGAUUCAGCAAAAGCAAUUCUCAUUUAUCUGGUUCUCAAGUUUGGCAAUAAUUGUCUUCAGAGCUGAACUUUGUAUCUUCCUGGGUCUGAUGCUUCUAGUGACCCUAUUUAAUAAACGACUUUCUGUUCUGAAAAUGCUUUCCUAUGCCAUACCCGCUGGGGCUUUUUGGUUAGGAUUCACAGUGGUCACAGACUCUGUGUUUUGGAGGCAAGUUCUAUGGCCUGAAGGAAAAGUGCUUUGGUAUAACAUUGUUUUAAAUAAAAGUUCCAACUGGGGUACCUCUCCUUUCUUGUGGUAUUUUUAUUCAGCCUUGCCUCGAGGUCUGGGGUGCAGUAUUCUUUUCAUACCACUAGGUGCAGUAGACAGAAGAAUCCGAGUUUUGAUUCUACCUGCGAUUGGCUUUAUUUUCUUAUAUUCGUUUUUGCCACAUAAAGAACUUCGGUUUAUCAUAUAUACUUUCCCAGUUUUCAACAUAGUGGCUGCCAAAGGCUGCUCUCGGAUACUAAACAAUUACAAGAAAUCUUGGCUGUAUAAGUUGGGAUCUCUCUUUGUUGUAGUGCACCUGCUAGCAAAUGCAGCUUACUCGGGUGUGUCACUCUACGUAUCACACUUCAAUUAUCCUGGAGGAGUUGCGAUGCAAAAAUUGCACCAGUUGGUGCCUCCAACCAAAAAUGUUUCUGUCCACAUUGAUGCAGCCUCAGCACAAACUGGAGUCUCUCGAUUUUUAGAAGUCAAUUCAAAUUGGAAGUAUGACAAACGGGAAGACCUGAAACCAGGUGACCAGCUCAUGUUCUCGUACACACACAUACUUAUGGAGAUGGAUCCUAUUCAGGUGUCACAUUACAAGAUGACCCACCGCAUAGUGGCACAAAUUCCUGGGACUACUGGGAUUACCUUGAAUUUCACUGUAUUACCUCCAUUUACUUUAAACUUGAAAUCCCAACUAGCAUUGUUGGAAAAGCUUCCCACUUAAGAACCAUAAUUCCCCCCCACACACACACACAUGGGAACUGUGAGAGACCGAAAGAAUCUUUCAGGGUCUUUUUCCUUCUAUGAGCAGUUGGAAUGUUCUAAUGUUGUGUAUAUACACAUUUAUAUAUAAUCUAGUUGUAUAUAUUACCAUUUUACAUAAUGUUUAUGAUAUGAGAUACAGUUUAAAAUUACAUGAUAUACUUCUAACAAAUGGUG